AGUAGUCUUGCUAAUACUCAGUCACAAAAGGUACACUGUCCUAUGCUUUUUAAAAUGGCUUAAAAUAUUUGUAGCUAAGGGAGCUUGUGAGGUCCCCAAUGGUUUGCUGCAUGAAAAUUCACAAAUCAAAGCAAAGAAAAAGGCACUUAACGGGCCCAUAUGUUACAUAAAGAUAUGUUUUUCAUCUUUAAAUUAGGGCCAAUCACUGAUUUAUCUUCCAAGGUAUAUAAAAACAACUUGAAUGCUUGUUUUUUUGCUUCCCACUUCUCUUUUCCUUUUAGCUUCUUCUGUCCAAAGAUCUCUCUAUUUAUGUGACAGUCACUUCACCAACAUCAUGGAUGUUCUGCGCAGUCUAUUCUUGGGUUUGGUUGGUCAGUUGUUCACGUUAAACAGGAAGCUGUAGGGACAUAAGCUGCAGUAUGGGUGGAAGUGGCAUUAGAGCUUUGGUUAGAUCUGUUGUGUCUCUAGUUAUCAUUGUGUUUCUUCUUGUCAGUAUCUUAGCAAACUCUGCACCAAGUGUUCCAUCAACAGAAAACGUCAAGCCUUUGCGGUUUAGUGGUAAGGAUGCGAAUCUGUUUCAUGUGAGCAAGCGAAAAGUUCCAAAUGGACCGGAUCCUAUCCACAACAGGAAAGCAAAAACUUCGAGACGGCCAACACGAGUAUGAUAUAGCUCUGAUAUAUACGACGUGCAUGACACUUACUAAUUUUAUGCGACCUCUCCACAUCAAGAAGCUACUAUUUUUGGGGGGCAAUCCAUACUGUCAGAUUCAGAUAUUUGCUAUGAACUCAUAGCUUGUGAAGCCUCGCUCUGUUUUUGCAAAGGUGGAGUAACAUCUUGCUUUGUAGCAUUUUGGAAGUGAAGUUUAGCUCUCUUUUACUCUUUUUUUAAGGAACAUUGCGUCUGAAGUUUGAAAUCUUUAGUGAAGGUGAGAAGUUUGAAGCAGAUAUUAUAGAUUUUUAAGGGCUUUGUGGGGUUUUGUAAUUACAUUUGUAUUAAUUAUAGGCUUAUGUCUUCAUCAAACUCUCAUGGGUUUCCUCUGCUAAAGCAAAUCAUUAACUUAAA